AUGUUAGGAGAAGAAGAUAGCAAGGAGUGGCCAUCCGGUGGCAAUAAUCAGAGAACGUAUUCACGGUCAGUUUCGUGGACUGAUCGGUCACCGAGAAAGUCUACUUCUCGACCCCAAUGGAACAGUAAGGCACGGGGUUGUUUGCCUCCGCUUCAGCCUCUUUCAAUCACUAGAGUGAAUGUUGAGGAGUGGCCAAAGGCAGGGUCUGAUGACCUUGGCAUAUGGCCUACUAAUCCCCCUACCCCUGGUGUAAGGCUUGGACCAAUUAAGAACUGUGAGAACUCAAAUUCUGAGCAAACCCCAAGGGAAUUUGAAUUCAAGAAAGACAAGCUUGCAUUUUUUGAUAAGGAAUGCUCGAGAAUUGUAGAUCAUGUAUAUUUAGGAAGUGAUGCAGUUGCAAAGAAUCGUGAAGUUCUUCGUCAGAAUGGUAUUACCCAUGUGCUGAACUGUGUUGGGUUUGUCUGUCCAGAGUAUUUCAAGAAUGAUCUGGUGUACAAGACACUUUGGCUGCAGGACAGCCCGUCUGAGGAUAUCACAAGUAUACUCUAUGAUGUGUUUGAUUAUUUUGAAGAUGUUCGAGAGCAAGGUGGGCGAGUACUUGUCCAUUGUUGCCAAGGCGUGUCACGAUCAACCUCUUUGGUCAUUGCAUACCUUAUGUGGAAGGAGGGGCAAAGCUUUGAAGAUGCAUUCCAAUAUGUAAAAACUGCAAGAGGGGUGACUAACCCAAAUAUGGGUUUUGCUUGCCAACUUCUGCAAUGCCAAAAACGAGUACAUGCCAUGCCUGCAAGCCCAAAUUCUGUGCUAAGGAUGUAUAGGAUGGCACCUCACUCUCCGUAUGAUCCCCUUCAUCUUGUACCAAAGUUGUUGAGUCAGCCGGGUGUGCGAGGCCUUGAUUCACGAGGUGCAUUUGUUGUUCAUGUUCCUUCAGCUAUAUAUGUCUGGGUUGGGAAGAGUUGCGUCUCAGUGAUGUCAGAUAGUGCAAGGACUGCUGCUUACCAAGUCAUCCGAUAUGAAAGAGCUCAGGGUCUGGUCAUGAUCAUCAAAGAAGGUGAUGAGCCAUCUGAAUUUUGGGAGGCUCUUGGUAUAGUAGAUGGUUGCAACGAAGCAGAGGCUAGAGGGGCAGACAUGCCUUUGGCCAGAAAUGACAGGGUUGCUACUGCUAUUCAGCCAGGCAUUGGAGACAGGAAGUUCGAUUAUGAUUUAGAUUUUGAAAUUUUCCACAGAGCACUUGCUGAUGGAGUUGUUCCACCUUUUUCAUUAUCAGGAACAGGAUCUGAGACAUGUCUUCCUGCUAGAGAAAAUGGGUGGGGCAGAUUGAGACGGAAGUUUGCCUGCGGUAUUAUGAAAGAAUUUAUCACGUCAUCCAAAUUGAGCUGCAACACUACCGAAUCAAGUCAUGAACCGGGUGAGAAUAUGGAGGCUUGUAAAGAAAUUGAAUACCCCGUUUUGCCGACUGAUCCUUCAUUGCCUUCAAGCUCUCAGUGUGGUUCUGAAGAUUCGUUCUCUUCUUUCGCAACCACCAGUGCCAAUUGUAUAAAGGGUACUUGCGAAGAAGUAGAACAAUCUAGUCCUCUCAUCGACCCUUUAUCGUCACCAUCACCUCCAUCCAGUUUGCGAGAUUCCUUUCCUUAUUUUGUUGUUAGUCACCCAGAGUUUAGUUCCACAUCCCCUUCACUCUCACCUUCAACCUCUGAUUACUCCGGUUCAUUUAACUUCUCACCCUCGUCUUCUAACUGGUCUGACUUGUCAUAUUUAUCUGCUCAGCCUUCACCUUCGGGAAUGCAAUCCAAAGAUUUAUAUUCUGCUAACAAUUCUUCCUUGGGGGAAAGUGCCUGUGUCAAUUGCAAAAAAGCUGCUUCUUCAUCAGAAGAAACAUUUUCUACUAAUCAUGCUUCAGGAGUGGCAAACACUUGUUUGCCAUGUAAAGGGAUUUCGCCCUCCAUUGCAGAGCGCAGAGGAAGUAAUCCUCCCCCACCAAUGAUGCUACCUCCUGUAGAUGAUGCAUCUCAUGUUUCAACAAACCUUGUAAGAUCAUGUUCCUUUUCUCUGCCUGACUUGGAGGACGAAAUGAUGAGGGAUCUUGAAUGCAAACAGUUUGAUGAAGAAGGUUCUUAUGAAAUGGAUAGAGAAGAGCGGGUCUUGGAGGCUGAAAUUGACAUGGUUGGCGAUGAAUUCCAAAAUGGGCUUGACAAUGAAAUUGAGUAUGAUACUUCUCAUUAUCCAUUGAAUAAUUUGGGCCAUAGUGUCGCAAAAGUAGCUUCCCUAGUUGUUUAUCAUUGGCCUUCUAUGCAUAAAGUGGAGAGGCAUUGCUUUGACAUCCUUGAUUCUGGAUCUAUUUAUAUUAUGUUUGUGCCCGAUGUGAGUAUGGGCACAAAUAAUCUUGAUGUACUGUAUGUUUGGUUGGGGCGUGAUGUGUUAUGCGAGAAAGGUCAUAAUCAAUUGAUCAACAAUGAUGGCACAUGCAGGGAUAGUCAUGUCCAAUGGGAAAAAAUUGCCCACAACUUCCUUGCUCAAAGGGGUUUAGAGACAAAUUCCAUUGUUCAGAUAGUCAGAGAAGGUGAGGAACCGGAGCAGCUCCUAAAGCAUCUCCAGUGCUUCUCAUUUCAGAAGGCAUUAGGCAAUACUAGCUGAGACAUGGAAGGAUGUGGAAACUCUCUAAAGUCCUUGUCUCUGAUUUUUCCGGCUUUGUGGGUCAUUGACAAGGAACUAUUGCAGUUACUCAACGGUGAGUUAGCAUCCCAGGCAGUACAAGUUCUUCUUUUCUGCUUGUGUGAUGAAAGCAGAGAAUCUGAUUUAUCAUUCCAGCUGAACAACGUACAAA